CAUGAUUCAUAUCCCGGAAAUACACUGCCGUCGAUGGAAAAAUGGCGUUAACUUACGAGCAGCUCUAGACUGUAACAAAAAGUGGGGCAGCAGUAGAGUCAAGAGACAACUAUGAUUAACCUGCGUUUGUCGGUUCACUUAAGUACAGAAAACUGCCAUUAAUCAUAUAAAUGUAUAUUAAUACAAUUGCACACUCGACUUUGUAAAGGCGCGCCACAGAUGGACAAAGACAGACUCGCAGCUGGUGCAUGCUCAUGGCUGGAUAUGCAUCACUUCAUUGGUGACCUUAUGGCAGCAAGUGCUUCAGUCUCUGGUCAUCAACUGAGAGAGCAACGUACCGAGGAGACACUGAGUUCUGCUUGGCCCAAAGUCUCUCAUCCUCCCCAGUCUACUUCAUCCAGACAGAGCCAGGUGAAAAGUGCUGUCCGGUUUGCUCUGCAUUCUGAGGAAAGGGAAAAAGAGCCCAGAGACCAUGAAAGCCAUGUUCAGCAUCGUACCUGCACAUGUCCUGGCUGCCCUCUUUCCUCAUCUACUUCUAGUUCCUCAAUCCAGACCCUGAAACCCAGAACCAGCCCGGCCACACAGAUCCAACCACCUUCGCCCCAUCAAUCCACCCCGCAACAGCAGGCCAAAGAGCCCAGCCCUGCCCCUGUCGGCCUGGGAUUGUGUCUAGGUUUGGGUCUCUCUUUGGAAGAGGAAAACAGAGAGCCCAGCAGCACAUCUGGUCACCCCCAACAGGAAGACAAAGGCACUAGCACACACAGCCCAAUCCCUCAGGCAAAUCCCGAAUCCUCCAGUGUCCCGCCUGUUCAGGCGUUUGCAUGUUUAUGCUGCCACCGUGGCUUGCAAACCUGUAGCCAACUUCUACGUCAACAAAAGGACCCAGAGGCACAUGUUGCCCACCACCACUUCCAUCACCACCACUGCCCUCUCACCACCUGCACAUCAUGUACACUCCCCUCCUUCCCUUGCCUGUCCUGCCAGCGCACCUUCCCCACUUGCGCCGAGCUCCUGCGGCAUCAGCAGGGCCACGCUCAGCAGGAGGGCCUGCAGCAGCUCCCGUGCAUGCACUGCAAUGCCUCUUUUCCCCGGCCGUCUCAACUACUGCAGCACCAGCGAACUCAGCACGCAUCCAAAGCAGGCGGCUUCCUGUGCGCCGAGUGCGGACGCGCGUUCAACUCGCACAGCAAUCUGCGCAUCCACCUCAACGUGCACACUGGCGCCCGACCGUACAUCUGCACCGACUGCGGCAAGAGUUUCAGCCAGUCCGGGGCACUUAAGAUUCACCGCCGCAUUCACACCGGAGAGAGGCCGUACACCUGUUCUUAUUGUGGGAGGGGUUUCCCUCACCUGGCUGGGGUAAGAGCGCAUCAGCGAAUUCACACGGGGGAGAAACCGUACAGCUGCGGUCAGUGUGGAAAGUGCUUUACUCAGUCUGGGGCUUUGAAAAUCCACACUCGCAUCCACACCGGCGAGAGGCCUUUCGUGUGCGGCCUCUGUGGGAAGAGCUUUUCGAACCGCUCCGGAAUCCGCUUUCAUCACCGCACGGUUCACGGGAUCGUGACGGAGCCCAACUCUGUGGGCAGGCCUAGUCUGGCUGCCUCUGCAUCGUCCACAGUUUCAGAAUUCCAGAGAAUUCAAGCCUCCAGUCUCAACCAGAUCCAUCUCCGGCAAAUGGAAGGGAAGAGUCCAGCUAGUAAAGAGCAGUUAAGUGGGGAUGGGGACAAAGCCGCUCUUCCGUAUGCCUGUGAGGACUGCGGACAACGCUUUCCAGAUGCUCCGACUAGAAACAGACACCAGACGUUGCAACACUACUCUUCGGAAGAAAGAGAGAAGGAAGAGAGCAGCUCAGAUAAAACUAAAGAUUAGACAACAAUUAGAACAUUUCUGACUCUGUAUUUUAAAAAGAGAGGGAAGAAAAAAAGGCAACUUUAAUAUGUAAUGUAUUAAGCUAGGUAUUGAGCCUGAAACAUAAACGAGGCCAAGAGCUGAUGUCAGUCCCCUCACACUGACUAUCCGCUUGUAAAGUCAUGACUCGUGACACAAGAAAUACUGUUUCUAUACAUUUCAAUUGAGUACUAUCUCAACAGGUGUUUAUGAGCAAUAUUUAUUCAAAUUAAGCCAAGUUAAAAACUUGUGGCGUACACUACUAUCUCUGGACUCAAAGUGUCCCAGACACCAAUAUUUUAACGAUUCAUAAAAGAUGAAUCACUGUCUGGCCAUCUGAGAUUUCGGUACAGAGAUAAAGGUUAGGAUUGUGAUUGAUCAGUAGUAUUACCACACAGCGUGAGCUAGCAUUGUUUGUUGUUUGCUUUUGCCAUUUGAUGAGCAUUUGGAUCCAGAAAUGGUGAUGCGUGGUGUCAGACAUAACAAGCGAAAUCUUGUUUUUGGUAAUGUACGAUUCUUUUUCUUGUCAUUUGUGCCUCUAAAAAGCUAAAUUGAGACAACCUGUAACUGCACCUUAAACAUUAAAUCAGAAGCUUUGCCUAUCAGUAUAAAGGUAUUUACGUUUUAAGUAUUAGGGUAUAUACGUUACAAAACCUGGGGCCAGCUGCAAACAUUAUGUUGAGACGGUGUCUUAAGGUCUAGUAUGACCCACUAGCAGUUAGUCUUACUUUUCGGUAUCAAAUUAGGCCAAUCUACCUUAAAUUUCAAAACUCAUUUAGUCAUUUUUGACUUUUUAAUCAUUUAAAAAGUCUUAAAGAAAAACAUUUGAUGACUAACUUGUAAGACUAGUCUUAGCGGUUCACGCAACCAUUGGCCCCUGUUCUGGUUUUUCCACCAUCAGGCUGAAAGGUUACCAGAAAGCAAAUAAGGAUGCUAGAUUGACAACUGACAAGCGAUCAGUCGUAAGUCUCAUGCCAAUAAAACCGUUCCACCAGCAUGAUUCUCCUGUCCUAAGCACGGUUAGCUAAAUGUAGUGAGAAAUCCAAGUGUAGGAACGGAUUAUAAUCGUACUGUAUCAAACUGUCUGAAAUG